AUGGAUGCUUCGACGGAUUUGGAGGAUUUUAAGGCUCAGGAUCGAGAAGAGCACAUCCUCCCCAAAGGCGACGUCCCCCAGCCACAUUCAUCCCAACAACACAAUCAGCAUCAGCAGUUUACGCCGAUGUUCUCCAUGUUCAUCGGGCUCGAUGAGUCAACUUCUCCUGGAGAGCCCUCCGACUUGCUGGAGAUGUACAUCGACAAUAAGGACUCGGAUGUAGUGAUAAAAUGUGAUAACGGAGAGCUGUUUGCGCAUAGAUGCAUCCUCUCCGCCACGUGCCCCUUCUUCCGCCAACAACUCCAAAAAUCACGGCGAAUCGAGCUGAAGGGCUACAACAAGUCCUCCGUACAUUUUUUGCUCUGUUUCCUCUACGGUGGGCUGACGGCGAUUCCAGAUGAGGUCGACACAUGGGAGGUCCUCGCUCUGGCUACUCAUCUGAAUCUGAAAGAUCUCAUCGAAGUUGUGAGCUUACAUAUGAAAGCUACGAAAUGUCAUUGGUUCCAUAGGCCAUGCGCCGUCUGCGUCUCUGCCGUUUUUGACGCUCUCCCUCAAUUUUAUUCCAUUAGAUGCCUAAAGCCACUUUAUGAAGAGGCAAUCCAAUGGCAAGCCAAGUACUUUGCCCGAAUCUGGAAAGGGAGGGGGCUCGCCCUAAACCUGGGAAUCCUCGAAGACAUCCUCCCCACCCUGGUCCACAGCUUGUCCGCCGACGUCGCCAUCAAGUCGUACCUGGGACUAGCUGACCUGCUGACCGAGAUUCAAAGCGUCCCACCAUCUCCAAAGAAGACGCUGUCGAUUCCGAUCGAUGAGUGGAGCCCGAGGUUCUACGUCCUCGUCCGUCGGCUCUACGAACUUGUUGACAAGCACCUUCUGCACUACGCCGCUUCGGUGGUCCGGGCCGAAGCUUGGAAUUUGUUGAAUGAAAGGGAUCAAGUGCGGAUCAGGGAGACCGGCAUCUUCGUCGAAAUGCGCCAACCAAAAGCCUCCAUGCCGCGCUUCAGCAGCAACAAUCGGGCAUACAAACGCAGUGCAUCGGCUGGAGUGCAAAUGGGCCAUCUGGAUCCCGAGUCGGAGCCGAUUGAGGAUGAGAAGGAAGUCUUCGAAGAACCAAAACCCAGCACCAGCGCUGUAAAAGCCCCAGGAAACCGCAAAGGCAGCCAACGCCCACAAAGGAAGAAAAGCCGCCUCAACCAGCAGAAUCCGGAAUUCCCAGACCGCGAUCAAGCCGGAAUUCAUCCAGAGCAACUUCAAGAGAAUCUACCCCAAGAACUG